GGCCCCACCGGGAAAGACUGCGAACCCCUCUGGGCACUAGGCUAGAUCCCGGUCGUGGGGAGGCGGUGCAGGUUGAGCCUAGGGGACAGGCGGGAGUCGAGGGGUGGGGGCUGCAGGGCUCCGGGGAGGGUGGAAUCCCCGGAUAGGAGUUAGGGGUUAGCGUUGCACAGCGCACCAGGCCUUGGUGCACGGUUGCAGGACUGCAAUAGGAUCAUGUGCGAGGGCCCGUCCCGCAUCUCUGGACCCAUCCCUCCAGACCCCACGCUCUGUCCGGACUACUACCGCCGACCGGCCUCGGCCCAAGGACGCCUGGAAGGAAGCACGCUGAAGCUGGACCUGCUGACUUCAGGUCAAGACCUGGACUCCAGUCCGCCUCCUGGGCCCCGCAUCAGGCCGGGAGCCCGAGAGAUCCUGGAGCGUGGCCAGCGAGGCGUGGGCGACGUGCUGCUGCAACUGGGGGCCAUCUCCCUUGGUUCAGGGGUCUCUCCUAAGAGGAAGGAUCCAAAAGACCAUGAGAAGGAAAACUUGAAGCGGAUCAAAGAGAUUCAGAGGCGCUUCCAAGAUCAGGAACGCAGGCGGGAGCAGGGCCAGCCUAAGCCCCUGAAGGCACUGUGGCGUUCACCCAAAUAUGACAAUGUGGAGUCUCGAGUCAAGGCCAGGAUGAAGGGGCCAGGCCUGGGUGUGGACUUCAUUAGUCACAACGCCCGAGCCGCCAAGAGAGCCCCCCGGCGCCAUUCCCGCUCGCUGCAGGUCCUUGCGCAGGUUCUGGAACAGCAGCGGCAAGCCCAGGAACACUACAAUGCCACACAGAAAGGCCAUGUGCCCCACUACUUGUUGGAGCGCAGGGAUCUGUGGCGGAGGGAGGCUGAAGCUCGCCAGCACAGCCAGCCAGACCCUGCCAUGCCCCCUGGCCACACGCUCAUGCCCGAGAGUCAGCGGCUAGAGACGCUGAACAAUCUGCUUCAGAGCCAGAGCCAGCUGCUACGUGAGCUAGUACUACUUCCUGCUGGGGCAGACACCCUGAGAGCCCAGGGUCACCGUGCCGAACUGGACCGCAAGUUGGUACAAAUAGAAGAGGCUAUCAAGAUCUUUUCCCGACCCAAAGUCUUUGUAAAGAUGGAUACCUAACCCUCCCCCGCACACCCCUUGUGGGUAGAGUGACGGGGAGAUCCGUGCUGAGGGUCACCUCAUGGCUGUAAAGGGCAGACUCAAGCCCUGUCACAGCCCCAGGGACAGGAGCGUUGGGGUGGGCAGUUUCUCUAAAGCACUUACUCCUCACCAGUGGCUGCAGAAGGGCCACCUGCCUUGCAACUCCUUUGUCAAAAUUAAACCUUUUGUACACAGU